GAACUUCUUUAGCAAAGUUAAAUUUUUCUUAAACUCAACCUUUCAAUCUUGUGAAUAUUUUAAAACAAUGGCUGACAAGAACAAUCUAUUGUUGCUCUUCGAUCGUCCCAAUGAACCAGUGUUCAUGAACAAGGGAAAAACGGCCGCGCAAUUUGAUUUGCCUGACAAGUUUUUAACUGAUCGUUAUCGCCCAAUUGGAAAUGAGGUGCAAAGUCGUUUUGGUGAGCAAGCACAGAAACGUAUUCCAGUACGUGAAAUUGCAAUUCCUGAUUUGCGUAUACCUAUGUCGUUGGGUCGUAAUGAGCAAUUUUCGCUCUUUAUUCCAAGACAUCGUCGUAUUGCUUCACGUUUGAUCAAUAUUUUUGUUGGUAUGCGCUCCAUAGAUGACUUGCAAAGUGUUGCCGUUUAUGCUCGUGAUCGCGUUAAUCCGUAUUUGUUCAAUUAUGCAUUAUCGGUUGCAUUGCUCCAUCGUCCUGAUACAAAGGAUCUUGAUUUGCCUUCAUUUGCACAGAACUUCCCUGAAAAGUUUGUGGACUCGCAAGUUUUCCGACAAGCUAGAGAAGAAGCUGUGGUUGUUCCUGAAGGUUCACGUAUGCCAAUUAUUAUUCCUCGCGAUUACACCGCCUCCGAUCUGGAACCAGAACAUCGUCUUUGGUACUUCCGUGAGGAUAUGGGUAUAAAUCUUCAUCACUGGCAUUGGCAUUUAGUUUAUCCUUUUGAAGCCGAUGAUCGCGCAAUUGUGGAUAAGGAUCGUCGUGGAGAACUUUUCUAUUAUAUGCAUGAACAAAUAAUGGCACGUUAUAAUAUGGAACGUUUCAGUAACAAUUUGGCACGUGUAGUACGUUUCAAUAAUUUGAGGGAACCAAUUGCUGAAGGAUAUUUCCCUAAAAUGGACUCGUUAGUGUCAAGUCGAGCAUAUCCUCCACGCUUUGAAAGAACACAAUUAAAGGAUUUAAAUCGCGAACUAGAUCAAAUAAAUGUAGAUGUUUCCGAUAUGGAGCGUUGGCGGGAUCGGAUAUUUGAAGCUAUUCACCAAGGCUUUGUUGUAGAUGCAAGUGGCAAUCGUACGGAACUUAGUGAAGCUAGGGGCAUUGAUAUACUUGGAAAUCUGGUUGAAUCUUCAACUAUUUCUCUAAAUCGUGAUCUGUAUGGUGAUUUACACAAUUUGGGCCACGUUUUCAUAUCAUAUGCUCAUGACCCUGAUCAUCGCCAUUUGGAAUCUUUCGGCGUAAUUGGCGAUUCUGCUACUGCAAUGCGUGAUCCAGCUUUCUAUAGAUGGCAUGCAUAUAUUGAUGAUAUUUUCCAAGAACAUAAAACUCGUCUUAAUGGCUAUACAGUGCCACAGCUCAGCUACGAUGGUAUUAGUGUAACUGGAGUACAAGUCAGUAGUGAUGGUGGACGACCAAAUGUAUUGUCCACAUUCUGGCAGCAAUCGGAUGUUGACUUUUCACGUGGUAUGGACUUUUUGCCACGUGGAAACGUGUUUGCUCGCAUAACGCAUUUGCAACAUACACCAUUCAGUUAUACCAUUAAUGUAAACAACGCUAGUGGCGCUCAACGCUUUGGCACUGUACGCAUAUUUUUGGGACCCAAAGUAGAUGAACGUGGUCAGCCAAUGUUGUUCAGAGAUCAACGACUCUUAAUGGUUGAAUUAGAUAAAUUCAUUGUAUCGUUGAAUCCGGGUCAAAACACUGUUCGCCGUCGUUCAACAGAAUCUAGUGUAACUAUACCAUUUGAACGUACUUUCCGUAAUUUGGAUGCAGCUCGUCCAGCCGCUGGUUCACCUGAAGAACUUGAAUUCAAUUUCUGUGGUUGUGGUUGGCCACAACAUAUGUUAAUUCCUAAAGGUCUUCCGGAGGGCUUGCGUUGCGAACUAUUUGUUAUGGUUUCAAAUUAUGAAGAUGAUAGGAUUGAUCAGCAAUUAGUUGGUCGUUGUAAUGAUGCUGCCUCCUACUGCGGUGUUCGUGAUCGUCUCUAUCCCGACCGUCGCCCGAUGGGUUAUCCAUUUGACCGCCUACCUCGUACUGGUGCUGACCGUUUACUUAAUUUCCUAACUCCCAAUAUGAGCAUUGUCGAUGUCUCUAUACGUCAUGAAAAUAGAACUGUUUUACGCCCAACUGCUUAAGGAUAUGCUACACGAGAUAUUACAAUACAAAACACUGAACCGUUAAUUGGAUUUGCUCUUUUAAUCAGAACACGAAAUUAUGAAAUAUAAUUAAAAAAUUUAUAAAUAAAAAUAAUUAGCAAUAUAAUUUAAAAA